AUGGACAACAUGAACUCCUUUGUGGAAUACUCUAUUUGUAACCGACCAGGCAGCGGAUCUUAUCCUGCCCCUAAACCUGGAUAUCAUCAUCAUCACCAUCAUCAUCAUCUGCAUCACCACCUUCCCCUGGAUCAGCACCAUGGCCUCUCAGUUACCCCCGGGUCUCUCCACACGGGCCUCAGCGGCUCCUCUGUCCCGGUGAACGGGGUCGGCGGUGACAGCGCGUACAGCGCAGACGGAGGGGUGUACGGAAACACCGCAGCGGACAUCGGAGGGGCGCACGAGACCGGAGGAGUGAGCCAGCAUGAGCAGCAGCAUCCAAUAAAUCAUCUGGAGCAUCAACAGCACACACACAACGGCUUCCAACAUCACCAGAACCAAAGCUCUCAGAGUGGAUUAUUGACUCCGUAUACAAACGGCAGUGGAUGCACAUCCGGGGCCUACGCAGGUCAGGCGUGUGUUACAAACUCCGAGUAUGUAGCCAUCACGGGUCCUCCCAACUCCGUCCAGCCUCAGUAUUUUAUGGAGGAGUCGGUGGCCUCAACUUACUACCAUCAAUCAGCCUUUCCUACCGCCGCCCCAGCUGUCGGCCCCAGCUACAGCGCCCUUUCCGGGUCGUACUGCGGGCCUCUUGCCAGUUCUCAGUACACGCAGCAGAUUAGCGGGGGUCUGGAAACAGUGGCUUACCUGGGGUUCCCGCAAGCAGGAGGGUAUGGAGAGCAGGCAGUAUCCCAGAACCGAGGGAGGGAAGAUGAGGACAGUCAGCAGUCGGGACAGGGGCAAACCUUUGACUGGAUGAAGGUGAAGAGGAAUCCCCCCAAAACAGUCAAAGUGUCGGACUUUGGUCUCUCUGGAGUUCACAACAACGCCAUGCGAACCAACUUCAGCACGCGGCAGCUGACGGAGCUGGAGAAGGAGUUCCACUUCAGCAAGUACCUGACGCGGGCGCGGCGUGUGGAGAUAGCAGCAACACUGGAACUGAACGAGACCCAGGUGAAGAUCUGGUUCCAGAACAGACGAAUGAAGCAGAAGAAACGCGAACGGGAAGGAGCGGGCACUGCUGCGCGCUCCUACUCAUCUGAAACCCGCGGAGGGUUUGUCAAGGACCUGGAGGACACGGACCACUCUUCUCUGUCCACCUCCCCUGGAGCGUCGCCGAGCUCCGAGACGUAGUCUGAACUUCACUGGAA